CAAACAUCAGCCAGCAGGGACAGGGAUGCAGGGUUCCGUCGCCGAUUAUAUAGAGAGAUACGAUUUUUAAGUAAAUUCGAAAUAUUUAGUAGGUAAUCGAAAAUAAUCCAGUAGAAAGACGAAUUGUCAUAAUAUUAUCGGGACAUUAAAGUUAUUCCAUGGAGCGUAAUACUUCUAAGCUGACUGCUAAGUGACCUCGUACCACAGAAAUUGACGACGAAGGAUUGUCGUGUAAUUUGUUUAGGUAUGUCGGUUUGGUCUGCCAGUACGGUUGGAAAUAAUUACCGCUUGCAACAAGGCAGUCGUUACGAUCCAUCCAAUAGUUGGUGCCCAAAACUGAGCAAGAUAUACCUUGACUUUAAGGUAGACCGCACUGCAGUUCUCCAAUAUUGUGUAAAAAAUAGCACCCACAAGUGCGUGAUGUCGGGCGAGACGCCGAUCCAGUCGGCCGAGGGGCUCCACACCCCGGCGUACCUGUCGUGGAGGAAGCUGCAGCUCAGCCGCGCCAAACUUAAGGCUUCCAGCAAAACGUCGGCCCUGCUAUCUGGGUUCGCCAUGGUAGCUAUGGUGGAGGUGCAACUAAACCAGCCGAGUGAGACAAAAGUGCCCACGGAAAUGCUCGUAGCGUUCACAGUAUGCACCACAUUGCUCGUAGCCGUUCAUAUGCUCGCCUUAAUGAUAAGCACAUGCAUUCUCCCCAACAUCGAAGCGGUAGGCAACCUUCACAGCAUAUCCCUAGUCCACGAAUCGCCCCACGAACGCCUACAUUGGUACAUAGAAAUCGCAUGGGCAUUCUCAACCUUACUAGGUCUUAUCCUGUUCCUAAUAGAGAUAGCCAUACUCUGCUGGGUAAAAUUCUAUGACCUCAGCGCUACUGCCGCAUGGUCGGCCUGUGUCGUGCUGAUACCAGUCAUGAUCGUGUUCCUAGCUUUCGCGAUACAUUUCUACAUGUCCCUGGCCACACAUAAGUACGAGGUAACAGUGACGGGUAUCAAGGAGUUGGAAUUGCUCAAGCAACAGAUAGAAAUGGGGGAUCAGGACGCGCGGAUGAAUAAUCUCACGCUUCUAGACCAGAGUCACAUAGUGUGAUAUUUUAGUUUUAAUGUAAAACUAGUAAAACCGGGUCCACAGUGCGUGUUUCGACCAUUCAACUGAAUCAUGUCAACAUUAAGCAAAAUCGUCUACACAAAAAUACAGUUUCACAGUACAGUUUUGCUUGCAUCAACAAUGCUUUUGUUUUCGUUGCCGGGUGGAAAACGCGUAUUAGACAAAAAGUACACCCGCGCUGGCAGGUUCAAAGUACUGUCAUUCAACACGUAUAAAUUACAUACAUUUUCUUAUAUGUGUUUUGGUUGAAAUCGCUGGAGACACGGUUUUACAGAAGAAAGGGAUACAGGCAUCUCCUGCGACCUUCUCUUUUUUCUAUAUAUAUAUGCAUCCCUUUCUCUAGGUCGGCGCCUGCCAAAUCUGAUUAGUUUAUUAUGGUGUUUGCAAUUUAUGCGUAAUUUAUUUAGAUUUGAUAAUUAAUGCUAUGACGUGACAGGUAUAAAUAUUUGCCUAACACUAAUUCUUGAAUUUUUUUUCAGAGAUGAUACUACAUUCUCGUGCUAUCUUUUAUCGACAGAGAAAGUACGGAAAUUGUGGUUUCAAGUUACCUUAAAAAAAAUGAUUUUUAUGCGUGCUCCAAAUAUGCUUAAAUUGCAACACCAAUUUAAACAUAUAUAAGUUACUGUACUUAGCAAUUACAAAAUAGUACUUAUUUUAAGUGCCAAUAUUUAAUAUUUAAUCUCCUUGGGAAGUUCGUUUUGUUAAUGUAAUUGUUUAUGGAGUCAAGUAAAUAGACAAGUCACGAAACAUGUCGUGUACAUGACAGCUGAAUCUCUGUGUACGCAGUUGUUUGUAAUGGGGGUGAUAAAAAAUGUUGUUUGAUUAAAAUAGUAGAAUCCGAGCCAUGAAAGAAGUUUUAAUUAGUGCAUACAUAUUUUCAGUAACGUAUAGAUAAACUAGCGACCCGGCUUCGCUGUGGUAGGUAACUAUAAAAAAGUAGGCUGUGCUGGUUUCGUCUAUCUCUCUUCGUGUCAAAUUUCAUCGAAAUCGGUCCAGUAGUUUUUGUGUUUAUUCAUUAUGAACACAAACAAAAAUACAAAUAUUUUCUCUUUCUACUAUUAGUAUGGAUAGGCUACACUCUACGACUAAGCGCAUUAAGCUUGUAUCGCGGGUCUGGAUGGACACAGUGCGGGAUGGACACAAACACGAAAACUGGCACAACACAUGCAGGUACAAAUAUUUGCCCGCGCUGGGAAUCGAACCAAGAGCCAAAUAGCAGACGGUCGUGGUGAUCACUACGCCACUGAGGUCGUCAGAAGUCCCGCCGCAAUAUGUGGAACUAUCAAAAACAUAUCGGCCACGUUGCUGUUGUCACCGACUAGAGCUGCGUCUGGGGAACUUCUUUCAUGGCUCGGACUCUCAAAUAGUUGAUAUGGUGACAACGCUACGUUUGUAUGCGUAUGCGCAAAAGGCAAAAUAGCUCUAUAGUUCUUAUUCUAAUAACUGUUAUUUGUGAUGUUUCUUACAUUAUUUACUUAUUUCAUCGUUAUUACUGGUAUUACAGUCAACAGCACAUCGAGUUAUCUCUAUUACUGCCGCAUAAAGAUCAAAGACAGGAUAACUUGACGUGAAAUCGACUGUACUUUGUACAGGGUUUUUCUUUUCAUCCAUUGUAUUGUAUUUCUUAAAGAAUGUAGGUAUAUAACAAUAAAUUAUGUAUUUAUUAUUUAAGCUAAAAUUAACUACGCCUAUAAAGGUGUACAGUACACCACUACGCUAACUGCGUAAGGUGUGCGCACGCGUUUAGUAUGGAAUUCCAUACAUAAAACGCAUGCGUUACGUAUACGGUGUGAGAUAACCUUAAAGGUCAAUUAGAAAAAUAUCUACUUAUUCUUUAUUAUUUGAAAAAAUAUUCCUUUUUUAAAUUUACUCUUUUUCAAACUAAAAUCUGAUUGGAUAACUAUAAUCUUUCAUAUAUAUUUUUUUAUUCAUAUUAUAAGUAAUAAAGCCCUAGUGUCUUAAAAUUGCGCUCAAAUCAUAAAGACAUUGCCGGAGCCCACUUAUUGUUUAUUUUCAGUCAGAAAUGGUGUUACCGAACAUAAGUUCACUUUAAUCAUGCGUUGAUCAUUGAUGCACUUGCGCACAAGCAAGAUGGGUCGUGCCUUGAGGAGUUUAGAAAUACGGUUAUUCUAUUCACAAUUCUUUCGACGGUUUUUUUCGACCGAAUAAAACCUUUUGUAAAUACAUUGUGUUGAGGUCACUCUGCAAUUUGUUUGAAUGACUUUUUUCGCGACUUCGCAAGGCUUAAACACCUUUAUAUACAAAAGUAUUUUUAAGUAAUAAAUUAACAUCUUAUGUUCUUAUCUCGCUACAUAUUGUAUAAUUGUAUAGAGAUAGAUUGUAUGAAAGUUUUAAGACGUCUGCUUAAAAAUAUAUUUGAAUAAAGGCCUAGACACACGGAAUGUUAUCAUAGCAAUAACAGGAUAUUGACUGUAAAUGUUACUUAAUUACCCAAUAAGGACUGUGAUAUACUAUUCGACAUUGUAUUGAGAAUAUUAGCAUAAGAAUUGUGCAUAUAAAAAUGUAAACGAAAUUUUGUAUACAUGCUGCGUUAUUUAUAGCGGUAGAUUUUAUGAUCUGUUUUAUUCUAAUACAUUUGAUCAAUACAAUA